UGUAAUUCGUCUUCUAAUUGGGUUCUGCAUAGUAUGAGCUGCAAAUUUGCUUUGGAGAAGAGAGAAGGGUUAGUGAGUGAUACAAUUAUAAUGAGCAAGUAAUAAAUGCAACCGGCAUAUGUUUAGUAACAAAUAAAGGAAAUUGAUCAACAUUUGUUAAUGCGCUUCCCUUUACUGCCGACUUUUCGCUCUCCUCGACGAAUUCGCCAUGGCUGAAGGCACCACCCAAGCUCAUGUCAAGAAGGAGCUACUCGACCCCAAUAUUGCACCCAAACCCUAUACCGCCGCCCGGCCUGCUUUAUUAAUCGAACUCUCUAGUUCCGACUCCGACUCCGACUCCGACUCCGAUUCGGAUUACGACAAUGCUAGGAAGAAGAGGAGACUGGCGGAGAGCGCCGUGCUUCCGCUGGGGUUUCUGGAUCCGCUGCCGCAGCCGUCGAAUGGGCAGAACUUACCUCUAGCGCUUCCGUCUACUGCGGCGGCGCACGCCGUUGCCGCCGCGCCGAUUGCGAAGCAGUUCUGGAAGGCGGGGGACUACGAGGACGGGCCGUCUGGUGACUGGGGUUAUUCUAAUGGUGGAAUGGACCAUGUCAGAGUACAUCCAAGAUUCUUACAUUCUAAUGCUACCAGUCAUAAAUGGGCUCUUGGAGCUUUUGCAGAACUCUUGGAUAAUUCAUUGGAUGAGGUCUGCAAUGGAGCGACUUAUGCUAACAUAGACAUGGUGACAAGUAAAAAAGAUGGUAGCAAAAUGUUGUUGAUUGAAGAUAACGGUGGUGGAAUGGAUAUGGAGAAAAUGCGUCACUGCAUGUCUCUCGGUUAUUCAGCAAAAAGAAAAAUGGUAGAUACUAUCGGGCAGUAUGGAAAUGGUUUUAAGACUAGCACAAUGAGACUUGGCGCUGAUGUCAUUGUUUUUUCUCGAUGUCGUGGGAAGAAUGGGCGAAGGUCAACACAAAGCAUUGGAUUGCUGUCCUAUACAUUUCUGCGGAGCACUGGGAAGGAAGAUAUUGUGGUUCCCAUGCUGGACUAUGAAAGAAGUGGACAAGAUUGGAACAAGAUAAUUCGAUCAUCGGCCUAUGACUGGGAUCGAAAUGUUGAAACAAUACUGCAGUGGUCUCCAUUUUCAAAUGAAGCCGAUCUUCUUCAGCAGUUCAAUCUAAUGCAAGAUCAGGGUACUAGGGUAAUUAUUUACAAUAUUUGGGAGGAUGAUGAUGGACUGCUGGAAUUGGAUUUUGACACGGAUCUGCAUGAUAUCCAAAUCAGAGGCGUCAACAGAGAUGAGAAGAACAUUGACAUGGCAAAGAACUAUCCCAACUCAAAGCAUUUUCUAACAUAUCGUCAUUCUUUGAGGAGUUACACAGCUAUUCUCUAUCUCAGAAUUCCUCCAGGCUUUCGAAUAAUUUUGCGUGGUAAAGAUGUUGAGCACCACAAUAUUGUGAAUGAUAUGAUGAUGUCUCAGGAAAUUACAUAUCGUCCCCAACCUGCUACUGAAGGGAUUCAAAAGAACUUAAAUAUGGUUGCUACUGUGACUGUUGGCUUUGUGAAGGAUGCAAAAGCUCACAUUGAUGUUCAGGGGUUUAAUGUCUACCACAAAAACCGGCUUAUUAAGCCCUUCUGGAGAGUUUGGCAUGCAACUGGCAGCGAUGGUCGUGGAGUUAUAGGUGUGCUUCAAGCAGAUUUCAUUGAACCAGCUCAUGAUAAGCAGGGUUUUGAGCGGACUCCAGUUCUUUCUAAACUUGAGUCUCGAUUAAUACAAAUGCAGAAGACAUAUUGGUACACAAAUUGUCACAAAAUUGGCUAUGCUCCGAGAGCUAAUAAAAAACUUAAUCAAAGAGAGAGCUCUCCUGAUAUUUUUCCUGGAAGUUCUCGGUCGAAGACGAGAAAUUUUGCUUCAAGUGACAAAACACCCAUCAAGUUUGGGGACAAGGGAAGUAACAAUGGGCCUUUGAAUGGAAAGGGGGGUGUCAAGGCAACUAGGGCACAACCAAAUCGCACUGAGCAAUUUUCGUCUUCGGAUGAGAAUCUAAGUGAUGAUGAUAGGCAGAACCGCACUUCCAGAAAAUAUAAUAAUGGGUCAUCCUCAAAUGAUGUUUCAAGGAAAGACAGGUCUCAGAGGCCAUUAGGGUUGAGAAGUCAUAAAGCUGCAGACAACUCACCUGAAAUGCCUUCCCGAACAACCCGAAGUUCAACGUCACAGGAAAAUCGCUUCAGCGAUGCUGGAAAUUCACCAUCAAAGUCAAGUUCCAGUUUCUUGGCCCAGUUGAAAGCAGAGAAUCUCCAGUUGCAGGAGAGAUUGAAAAGGAAAGAGGAGAAAAUUCUAGGUGAUUUGCUGAAUGAUUUGCAAAAAGAAAAAGAAAGAUCCAAGUCUCUCGAAGCUCAGCUAGAGGAGGCAGCAAAGAAAAACGAGGAGCUAAGUAAAGAGCAGGAGAGUUUGAUCGACAUAUUUUCAGAAGAGAGGCAGCGGCGUGACAUAGAGGAGGAGAAACUGAGAAAGAGUUUGAAGGAAGCAUCAAGCACGAUUCAAGAGUUGCGGGGAAAACUGCAAGUUUUGGAGAAAUCAUUGGUGCAACAAUAAAUAGUCAUAUGCUGUAUGAUGUAAAGUUAAUGCUACCUAUGUAAAUGGAUAAAUAUUUUUUGUCUA